UGGUACAUCGGGUUAAAAAACAAAAGUAAUGCAUUUAAAUGGAUAAAUAAUAAAAACCUGACAAUCGAGAAAUGGCAACCAAACGAGCCAUCAGGAGAUGGAAUUUGUGCUAUUAUGGCAAAGAAAUACCCAGAUUCGGAAAGAGGAUUAUGGAAUGACCUUCCCUGUAACAAUCCUAAAAGCUUUAUCUGUGAAUAUGAUCAAGGAAAUUACAAGUGCAAUUCUUCGAAAAUAUUCUUUUGCGAACAUAAAACGAAACCAACGGAAAGGGCAGUAACUACAACAGUAUGUACUAUAUCAGAUCCUGAUCCUGAUCGGUUCAACCUACUUUAUGUAGUCAUUGCUUUGGGAAUCCUACUUGCCGGUGGAAUUGUUUUCUAUAUCUACAUAUUUUAUUGUAAAAACAGAAAUUCAGGUUUUUCAAAUGGAUGUCAAGAAUAUAAAACCUUUAAAUUCAAAAAUCGGACUUUGUUAGGACUGGAAGAAGGUGCAACGCCGUUACAAACCGAACCUCCAACAGAAACAGUAGUCGAGGAUGACAGCAACAAAACUGACAGGGAAAUGGAAAUGGAAAUGGAAAACUCGGCGGGACUCGAAAACCCUGCACAAGACGCCCUGACGGAAGAUUCUUUAAACAAGGAUUAUACAUCACCAGUCGACCCCAGUUCCACUUCAACAUAUGCGUCUUUGUAUUCAAGUGUAGAGGUCGAACAAAAGAAACCAGAAGAAAGUGAAGACGUAAAACCACCUAAAGUGCCAAGUCCCCAUCACGAAGUUUCAAGAGAACCGGUGGUCUAUGCCAUGAUUGAUAAGUCCAAAAAGACUAAUAAAAAAAACAGCCAAAUUGAGGUAGUGUAUGCAACGGUGGAUAAAAAACGCAGAGAUACCAAGGUUCGUGUUGAUAUAGUGAUAGAGUCCCGUGUUGCCUGGUUUUGUAAACUUGUAGGGUGAACGUUGAUGCCAGUUGGGUCAACGGAGUAAAUUUGAGAGGACCAAUUUGRCCCCAGAGAGCCAUUUUGGCUUUUUCAAAGUAGUGCUAAUUUGAAGAAGCCAUUUCGGUAUGGGUCUAUCAGUACUGUUUUGGCCCCCUCAACAAGGCCAAAUCAGGGGGAAAAUCCAUAUAAGGGACUAAAACAGUUCCAAAAUCAGAGCUAAAAAAAUUGCCCCUACCGGUAGUGUCAAAAUAGCCCUACUUUAAGGAGGCCACUAUAGGGCCAAAAUCGCCCUAUCCGAUUUACUGUAAAGUCUUUUGUUUUCUUUCGCCUAGGCUCGGUUGUACGAAAGUAGGUAGCGCAAUUCAAUGGAUAAAUCCUUAUGCAGUGGAUAAGUCGAUGCUGUUAUCCAAUGAAAUUAUCCGACGGAUUGCGCUAUCCAACCUUCGUACAACCUCUGGUCCAGCAGAUGGUAGUGUAGGGGAAGUGCCUUACUUAUUUCAUUGGAUGAGUAGUGCUCUAUCUGAGGUGCUUUUGACUGAUUCAAA